CAAGCGAGGCAGCUGCGGGAAACGCUGUCCGCACGCACCCGCUCCCGCCCAGCCCAGCGCGGCGCAGAAGCCGACGCCCGCCUCGUGGAGCCCGACGCCCGCGUUCCGGGCAGCGGCUCCUCCGGGGCCGGCCCGCGCGCGCGUGCGCUGGGCAGCGGCUCGCCACAAUCCCAGCGAGGGGAAGCGGCUGCGCCCCCGGGCACCCGGGACCCCCAGGAUCCCACCAUUGCCCGACGGGCCCGCGGCCGCGAUGCCGGAUGAGCUGACCGAACCCGGGCGCGCCACGCCAGCCCGCGCCUCCUCCUUCCUCAUCGAGAACCUGCUGGCAGCCGAGGCCAAGGGCGCGGGGCGCGCAGCCCAGGGCGAUGGCGUCCGCGAGGAGGAGGAAGACGACGACGACCCCGAGGACGAGGACCCAGAGCAGGCGCGGCGGCGACGGCUGCAGAGGCGGCGACAGCUACGCGCGGGCAGCGGGCCGGGCGGGGAGGCGAGGGCCCGGGCGCUGGGCCUAGGGCCCCGACCGCCUCCCGGGCCGGGGCCACCCUUCCCGCUCGGCUGCGGAGGCACGACACGGUGGUACCCACGGGCCCACGGCGGCUACGGAGGUGGUCUGAGUCCUGACACAAGCGACCGGGACUCUCCGGAGACCGGCGAAGAGAUGGGCCGCGCUGAGAGCUCCUGGCCGCGGUGCCCGGGGCCGGGAGCCUUACCGCGGGAGGCGACGACGCAGGGCCCAGCGGCCGGCGGGGAGGAGGCGGCGGAGCUGGCCGAGGCUCCGGCGGCAGCGGCGGCUGCGGCAGGGGAAGCGCGCGGCGGCCGCAAAAAGAAGACGCGCACCGUCUUCUCGCGCAGCCAGGUCUUCCAGCUCGAGUCCACCUUCGACCUGAAGCGCUACCUGAGCAGCGCGGAGCGCGCGGGCCUCGCCGCCUCGCUGCAGCUCACCGAGACGCAGGUCAAGAUCUGGUUCCAGAACCGCCGCAACAAGUGGAAGCGGCAGCUGGCGGCGGAGCUGGAGGCGGCCAGCCUGUCCCCGCCGGGCGCGCAGCGUCUGGUCCGCGUGCCGGUGCUCUACCACGAGAGUCCCCCGGCCGCCGCGGGGCCCGCGCUGCCCUUCCCGCUAGCGCCGCCUGCACCCGCGCCGCCGCCGCCGCUGCUCGGUUUCUCGGGCGCGCUGGCUUACCCGCUGGCCGCCUUCCCCGCCGCCGCCUCGGUGCCCUUCCUGCGCGCGCAGAUGCCGGGGUUGGUGUGAGCCCGAGCCCUCAGGGCAGGCGCGCCUCGCAGUCCCUCGGGCUGCUGUCUGUGUGGGCAGCCGCUGCAGAGUGUACGGGACGGCGGCGGCAGCGGGGACUCGCAGCCAGCUGCAGGGCUGGAGCCCCGCUCGCUCGGAGGAAAGCGGAGACGCGACAGCUCUGGCCGCCGGCACCGAGUGCUGGGCAGAUGCGGGCUCCUCGGCGGCAGCGAACGGACACUUGGAACGGGCUGGCCAAGGAACUGCACGGUGACUGUCCCCGGGGCACCCUGCCCCUAACUAAAAAUGUCCCCUUCUUGGGACCUCACAGGAACCUAGACAGCAGGGUCUCCUUCCAAGGGACAGCACAGAGAGCCGCGGGGUCUUGGGACGGACAUCCCAUCUUGGGCCUCUCUUCCGAAGAGGGGUUCUUUCUUGGGCGGCCAUGGUUCUCUUGGCUUGGCGAAGACUUUUUUUUUUUUUUCUGUGAUGAAUCUACUUCUUUGCAUAUGGAAUAAAAAGGGACGUUUUCUGGA